GCUUGGAAGGUGAACAACAGUUUGAACAAAUGUUUAUGCGUGAAAACAGCACCUUUACUUUGGUCUUCUAAACAAUUGAAGAAAACGUGAUAAUUAAUAAAUAGAUCGUUCUUAUAAAACAUCUCAUUGAACCUGCGUGACAAAGUCAGUUUCCUAAAUAAAACAUGUCUACACAGUUGAAAUUCGUAGUGCAAGUUGCUUCAUGCAUCAUCAUCAUUUUGCACUACGCAAAAACAGUUGACAUCACGGAAAAGGUGUUGGAUGAGCUCGCGAUCACCGAGGAUGUCAACGAACCACCGGAAUUGGAACCAGCGCGCAUAUUUAUAAAUAUUCCAGAAGAAAGUGCAAAUCCAAAGCGCGCCGUAGAUGUUCGCCGUUUACCCAACCGCAGUCGGCUCAACUAUGCAAACAUGCGGAAUUCAAACUGCAGAGUUGUGCCGUCGUCUCAGUGUAGACAUAUGCACGGUUAUCGAAACCGUCCGCACAACUACCGAGUGCAUGGCAAUCAUCAACCGUGUCAUCGACGGCAGCGACGAACGACGACCACGACGACCACCGUUCAACCCACCUGUCCAACGAUUCCACCUCCACCGCCCACAACCUGUAAACCUAAUCGUAUCAGAAUUAUUGAACUAGACUUACCAUAAGCGUAAGAUAGAUGAA